GUGAGGAAUGGGUGACAAAGUUUGGCGUUGUUUGCAAAAUGAAUAGGCGAGAAAACAUAAAUUAGGCAUAAAUGGAGCAUGUUAAUACCUAUUAGGUUAAAUUUAUAUUUUAAACUUGGCAGAUUGGCAGAUUCAAAAUGAUUAGCAUUAUUUCGAAGACGAACGUGAUUAUACUGACUUUGGUUUCGAUUAUUUCGUGCGAGGAUUUAUUGGACUGUAAACUAAAGGAGGGUUGCCACAUCGCUCAAUGCGAUCCGGCUCCAAGGUCGUGGAUCAAUCAUAACUUUAACAUUAAAGAACAAACCAACAGAAAUGAGUAUCCAAUUACGUGUAAAGAUAGAAAAGCAGGAUUAUCAGACGAUGCUAUGAGUAUUAUAUCGGCAUUGGCGAUCGGUAGGGGUGGAAGGCAAGUUCAAAAACCUGGACCCCAAGGACCUAAAGGUGGAACCGGAAAUAAAGGUGCAAAGGGUCAAAAAGGUGCAUCAGGUAUAACUGGACCAAUAGGUCCAGAGGGUGAAAAAGGGCAGCGUGGAUUAAUCGGACCGAGUGGAUUGAAAGGCUCUAAAGGCCAGUCGGGACAAACUGGUCCUAAAGGUACAAAAGGCGACUCAGCCGGAGAGAUUACCAAGGAUAUUUUACAAUCAAUUAUUGCAGGAUUAUGCUCGUAUGGAUACGCAAGUCGAUGCUACCUUCCACUAAUGAACCAUAAAGUCUCACACUCCCAAGCUGCAGAAAUCUGUGCUUCAAUCGGAGGAAAGCUUGCAGACAUUCACAGUGAUGAACAUUUGGAAGGGUUGAGGAAACAUAUAGUAAACUACAGAGAUGGAGUCCGCUUUCGAUCAUCUUUUUGGACAUCAAUGAAAUUCGCACGCUCUACAUCAAGUAUUCACCUAAAAGACAAUUCAGAAGCAAAAUUUAAAUAUAAUUGGUAUAGAAAUUCUCCCACACUUGAUUUUGGUCACGACAAAAUUGCUUGGCAGCCUGGGAACAACGAAUUCCUCAACGUCGAAACACAAACGUAUCAUCCACUCUGUGAAAUUGUUCUUUAUGAAUGACAAGUGUGGAAAUACUGAAAUAUCGACUGUAUGUAUGCAAGACAUGCGACAUUAUGAUUUCAUAAACUGUGACAGAUGUCAAUAAUGGAUUGGGCAUGAAACGAAUCUAACAGAGAGUAAUUUAACGAUAAAAAGCGGUUGCAAACUCUAAUGCCACUUGUCAGGGAAGGGCACAAUUUUUUAGUAUAAGAGCCGCAUGCUGCAAGUCAGAACUUUAAAAGAGCCGCAGAAUUUGUGAAAUUUAUUAAUAUUAUCGAAAUACUAUGAACAGAAAAGAAAUUCACACAAGAGUCUAAUAACAAUAAAUAGAUAAACAAGGCAACUCUGGCAACUCUGUUUUUAUCUUCGUACUUCCGUUUUUUUUUUAAUUUUGAACACAUCGCACAGUAACUUAGACAAGUGCUCUUCAACCGGGUAUACAGUAUACCCAAGUGUAUACCAGACCAUAAGUUGGGUAUACAACUGAUAAAGGGUAUA